CGACAUUUAGGGCUUAAUGAUUGAUCCGACGAAGACGAUGGUGAUGGCGGCGUCGAUCCGCGUCGCUACCACGAUCGACGAGAUUUCGUGCACACAACUUGGUUGGCAGAAGCUCUGGAAGAAAAAAGAAAAGAAAAGGAGGUCUCUUCUCUCGAGCGAUGGGUGCCUGCCAGUCCGUGCCAGGAAGGAGUGAACUCUGGGUCACGAUCAUACUCGCACAACUCUGGAGCUACGCGUACAGGAACGCAAAGAGCGAUUGCAAUUCGGACGAGAGAAAAGAAUUAGAUUUGCAGAGAUGGAACGAGCUCAGGGAAGAAGCGGUGCAGCAUUGCCAGUAGCUCUCGGGAUUUUGCUGCUGCUGGUGGACUUCGCCUGUGCCGCGACUUACAUUGUCGGUGAUAGCCAGGGAUGGGACUUGAAUGUCAACUACGCAGCUUGGGCUGGCAAGAAGAAAUUCCGAGCUGGAGACGUUCUAAUUUUCACGUACACUCAGAUGCACAGCGUGGUGGAAGUGAGCCAGGCCGAUUUUGCGACGUGCACGAUCACUCCCAUCAGCACUUACAUGUCUGGCAACGACAGUGUGACGCUCAGCUCCACCAAGUCGAAGCAGUUCUUCAUCUGUGGAACUGGAGGCCACUGCGGCAGUGGAAUGGCGUUGCAAGUCGAUAUCUCUCCUGCUGCUGCUACUGUCCCGGCUCCAGCUCCAGCUCCAAGAGCAAAACCUCCGGCCCCUGCCGCUGCCAAAUCGCCCAAGAGUUCUUCUCCAGCUCCUAAAGGUGAGAACCCCGUCUCCACUCCAUCUUCGACGCCUUCGUCUCCUUCGCCAUCGUCCAGUUCUCCAGCAGACUCCACGGAUGAAACGCCUCCUCCGGCAGCUCCUCGAGGGAAUUCGGCUGUCACUGCUGUAGCCGCUGCGGCUGGAGCUUGCUGGAUCUCAGUCGCCAUUGCCGCGCUCGCUCUCUUCUAAAGGGAGGAUUUUUACGGAUCAUUGUGUUGGUUUUUGGCCAUGUUUUUGUCUUAGAUCGCGAGAUCUGGAGGUCCUCCAUGGGAAUUUGAAGACCCAAUUCAGAGAAAAAAGAAGAGAAACUAAAAAAAACUACUUUUUACUUCUAA